UGGAGGCUGAGCAGUCGCUGCAGCGUCGUCACUGCUGCCUUUUCCUCUCUCUCUCUCUCUCUCUCUCUCUCUCUCUCUCUCUCUCCUUCUGUUUUCCCUCCUCUCCUUCAUUCGAGGGAGCUCAGGGUUUUCCCGCCAGCAUCCUGAAGCAGCGGUCUGUGGAAUCAGCAGAGCCCUGUGGGAGAAGAGCCGCUCUGCUUCUGCCGCUCGAUGGGAACGAACCCAAGGAAACGGUGACUCUGGGGAUUUUCCUUCAACUUCUCCACAGCAGGAGUUGGAUUUUCUACCUGGAAUGAAAAACUGAAGCUGCUUGUUUGUGCAAAGCAGGUGGGAUUGGAGGAAUGUAACCCCCCCUCACCCCCUCCCUCGGCAUACUGUGGAGCUCAUCUUACCCCCCUGCUGAGAUCCAGCAGGAGCCAGGACCAGGACUCCCACAGAUUACACACUUCCCUUCAGCCGAGGACUAGACCAGGUCCCGGACACACAAACUACACCUGCAUUUUGAUGUUUUUGGUGUUUUUUGAGGCGUACGUUGACUGAGCAGCUAAAGGGAUUCCCAAGGUUGAGUGGGACGGGGGGUUCAGGGGUCAUCGGGCUGUCAGGGGGAAGAUGCCAGCCAUCCUCGUGGCCUCAAAGAUGAAGUCAGGACUCCCCAAGCCCAAGCCGGUGCACAGCGCCCGGCCCAUCCCCCAGACCCCCACUAGACCUUCAGCACUGGCCCUGACCCCCACACCCGUCAAGACCCAGAUCCCCACGCUGGGCCAGCAGGUGGGCUCUGGACCCCCAAGGACCGGCGCAGCAGGGUCCGACACCAGUGGGAACACACAGAUCUACACCGACUGGGCCAACCACUACCUCGCCAAGUCAGGACACAAGCGUCUGAUCAAGGACCUGCAAACGGACGUCACCGACGGAGUACUGCUGGCUGAGAUCAUCCAGGUCGUAGCCAAUGAGAAGAUCGACGACAUCAAUGGCUGUCCCAAGAGCCGUUCUCAGAUGAUUGAGAACAUCGACGCCUGCCUCAGUUUCCUGGCAGCCAAAGGAGUGAACAUCCAGGGCCUGUCUGCAGAGGAGAUCCGAAAUGGGAAUCUGAAAGCCAUCCUCGGCCUCUUCUUCAGCUUGUCCCGUUACAAGCAGCAGCAGCAGCAUCAGUCCCAGCGCCACACCUCCCAGACCUCCCAGUCCUCCCAGUCCCAGACCACCACACACACCCCCCUGAGCCAGCAGAGCAGCGCCCCCGCCCAGCUCAGCCACUCUCCGCAUGGGACGCCCAACGCCCAGAAAGCAGCAGCACAGGCCGACAUGCAGUCCAGGGAUGGCUCUCAGAGUAAACUACUCAAGUUUUCCCUUGGUCAGAAAAAGACCUCUAGACUUCCCGGUCCCACAGCGAGGGUGUCCACUGCUGGCGGUGACACUCAGAGAGGCUCCAUCAGCGCUGCAGGAAAUAGACGCAGCCAGGGCUUCAGCGACAAGACCAAAGCCAACACACACCUGAACAAAGAUUCGUCAGAGGGCCUGACCUCGCAGCCUUCGGUGAUGACUGAGCACGCUCCGUCGUCAGCGGUGACCGUCACCUCCUCCACCAGCAUCUCCUCCUCCGCUACCUCCACCCCGGUUCCUCCUCCAUCAUCCUCCUGUUCCACUGCCAUCCCACAGCCCAACAGCAACAACAGCAAACCCUGGAGGAGUAAGUCCAUGAGCUCCAAACACACCUCCAGCACCUCUGUGUCCACCUCCUCCACCAGCGCCACCUCCUCCGCCACGCAGCCCCUGAAGCAGGACAGGGACACCUCCUCGUCUAAGACUGUAGCCGAAGCUCCUCAGAAGGUCACCUCCCAAAAGUCAAUGCUGGAGAAGCUCAAACUGUUCAACAGUAAAGGAGGCUCCAAGUCCUCCUCUUCCUCUAACGGAGCCCUGGCAGAAAGCUCCACCCCAUCGAGGCAGGUGGGGGCGGGGCAGGUGGAGAGAGCUGAGACGGGCUCCAACACCGACCCCUUGGAGGACGAUGAGGGGAACGUCCGGCCGGGAAUGAACGGGACCAGUAAUGGGACGGCGUACAGCGCCGCUCCAUCAACGUGUACCGCCGUCACUACGACCGCCAGCAGCCCCAAGAUCGCCCUGAAGGGCAUCGCCCAGCGCACUUUCAGCAGAGCUCUAACUGCCAAAAAGGGCUCCGUCAAAGCCCCCGAAAAGGAAAAAGACAAGGACAGGGGGAAGGAGAAAGUGAAGGAGGCGGGGAAACGCGUUUCUGCUGCCGACAGGACAGAACUCAGGGGGGAGGAGCCUAAAGAGGAGGCGGCACCUGUUGCUGCGGAAACAGACAGCUCAAACAAACGGACCUCUAAAAUCGCCAGCUUCAUCCCCAAAGGGGGGAAAGCGGCCAAAAAGGAGAGCUCCGCCCCUGCACACAGCGGAAUACCAAAGCCAGGAGGUAAAGCUCCGGGGGUCGGGGGGAAGGCUGGGGCAGCGAAGGAGGUGGGGGAGCGGCCUCGGAGCAUGAGGUUAGGGGGGGGUCUGGUCAUGCACCGCGGACCCCUGGACAGAGACAGUAACAGGGACAGCAGACACUCCAGCUCUACCUCCAGCCUGGCCUCCACAGAGGGGAAGAACAGCAGCCUCGGCGCCGCCCCGGUGGCCGGAGGAGGCACUACACAGAGCACAGCCAGCAACACCGUCAGUGUGCAGCUACCUCAGACCCAACAGCACCACAGCCACCCCAACACGGCCACCGUCGCACCCUUCAUGUACAGAUCACAGACGGACGGCGAGGCGACAUCGAACACUGAGAGCAGCUCCAGAGGAAGAGGAGGAGACGUGUCCUUCACCAAGACCAGCCAGACGUCCAUCGAGGACCUGUCAGGUGAAGAUCCAGAGACAAGGCGACUGCGUACGGUCAAAAACAUUGCAGACUUGCGGCAAAAUCUGGAGGAGACGAUGUCAAGCCUGCGAGGAACUCAGGUCACCCACAGCACCUUGGAAACCACCUUCGACGGCAGCGUCACCACAGACAUCAGCAGCGGCGGCAGCAGCGGUGGAAACAACAGCAGCGGCGGUCGCAGUAUCCUCAGCAUCACCUCCUCCCGACCAUCCCUGUCGUCAUGGCGACUGGGUCAGUCCAGUCCUCGUCUGCAGGCGGGCGACGCCCCCUCUAUGGGGAACGGCUACGGAGGGCGAGUGGCGGGAGGUCAGGGGGGGCGGUACCUGUACCCGGGUCACCUGCGGAGACAGUUGGCAGGAAGGGGAGGGGCUUUGUGCAGCAUGGACCUGGGAGACCGAGCCGGGGAAGACCUGGACCUGGAUGGGAUCUCCAUGGAGGUGACGGGAUACAUGAGCGACGGAGAUGUGCUGAGUAAGAACGCCAGCCGGACGGAUGACGUCACCAGCGGCUACAUGACGGACGGAGGUUUGGGUCUGUACACGCGGCGUCUGAACCGCCUCCCCGACAGCAUGACCGCCGUCCGAGAGACCCUUCACCGAAACACCUCGACCGGACAAGGAGACGCUGACAGCUGGGAUGACAGCAGCUCCGUGAGCAGCGGCAUCAGUGACAACAUCGACACAGAUGACAUCAACACCAGCUCCUCCAUCUCCUCGUACGCCAACACGCCUGCAGCGCAACGCAAAGGCCUCAACGCACAGCCUGUGACGGAUGCAGAGAAGCACUCGGCGUCCACGGUGGUGCAACAGGCUUGGUCUGGAGACGAGGUGAAGAGGCCAGACGGCGGCUCCGACAGCGGCGUCAGGAUGGAGCCGGGGUCCAAGUGGAGCCGCCGGAACCCCUCUGACAUUUCAGAUGAGUCCGACAAGGGCGGCUCAGGGAGGAAGACCCCCUCUGUGUCCCACACGGGGUCCUGGAGGAGGGGAAUGAGUACUCAGGUCGGGGUCACGUCCCCCAGGACCAAAAGCACCAGUAGCACCGGCUCCAGUGGCUCCGUGGCCCUCAAGACCCACGGUUCAGGUAAAACAGAUGAUGUCAAAGUGUCGGAGAAAGGUCGUCUGUCUCCUCGUCCUAACGGUCUCCACCGCUCGCCAUCAGAUGCCGGACGCAGCAGCGGUGAUGAGGCAAAGAAAUCUGCUUCCACCAGUCGCACGCCCACAACGAACGCCCUCACACACGCCAUCUCUGACCCGCAGACGCAGACACACACCCUGUCCUCACGCACGCCCACCAGCACCUUUGGCUUCAAGAAGCAGGGAUCUGGAAUGGUAACCAUGGUAACUGCCAGUGGGGCCACCAUCACCAGCGGCUCGGCCACGUUGGGGAAAUUGCCCAAAUCCGGUGCACGUUCCCUGACUGGAGGGCUGAAGGCCGGUGGGCAGGACGGAGGCUCAUUGGGUCACCAUGACGACGGCUUCCUUCCCAUGAGUGCCCGCUCCACGCUGCAGUACCGCAGCCUCCCGAGGCCAAGCCGCUCCGGCGCCGCCGCCCGCAACGGAAACCGCUCCUCCACCAGCAGCAUCGAGGCCGCCGUCCUGUCAGUCACAUCGCACAAAAACAACAUGACUGUCGCUAAGGGCAACGGCCAUGGCCUGCUGACCAAUCAGACAGACCGGGAAAAGGGCGUGUCUGAGAUAGACAACCUGAGGAGCGGAGGGAUGCAGGGCGGAGGGGCAGCGACUGUUCCUCUGACCGGACGACAACAAGUUUCAUCCCCGACACUACGCAGGUUAUUUGGGGGGAAGCCCAGUAAACAGGCCCCAGUCACCACAGCUGAAAACAUGAAGAACUCCACUGUGAUCUCCAACCCUCAUGCCACUAUGAACCACGUGGCCACGGUGCUAGAGUCCCCAGAUGGAGGUCUGGGAGGAGGGGACAGCGACACCAGCAGCCCUCUGUUUGGAGGCCGAGCCCUGGGUUCGGGGACAGGGACGCUGGGCAGCGAGCAGGCCUCCAGUCCCGGCUCCGUCUACUCCUCCACUGGUCCCUCCAACAGCCUGACGUGGGGCACCACCUUCAGCAGCUCCUCGGCCCAGAGCAGGGAGGGGACGCUGGGGGGCCACGGUGGGACGGGCAGCAUGGGAUACCCGUCAGUCAGCAGCAUGCACACCAGCAGCGAGUCCAUCGACAUGAGCCUGGGCAGCGGUGGCGCCCACAGGGAGGACACCCUGUCAGCGCUGGGACGCACCAGCAGCGUCAAGACCGGCAUGUCGGAGAGUCCCCUCUCCUCCCCUUCGGCUAGCCCUAUAUUCAGCCGAAACACGCUCCCUCGGAAGCAGGACAGGUACGGCCCCUCCCCUCAGCUGCGAGGCCAUGAGGAGGCCCGUGAUUGGCUGCGCUCCCACUCCACCAGUGGGCUGCAGGACUCUGUCAGUAACUCCCCGUUCUCUCCUGGAUCCAGCCUCACCUCCCCCUCGGGGACACGCUUCAACUUUGGGCAGCUCGCUUCCAGUCCAACCUCCACGGCUCAGAUCAACAUCGCCGGUCUCCGUAACAACAGCCUGACCAAUCAGGAUGUCCCUUUCGACCCCUGUGGAGACAACAGACUGAGGAACUCCUGCAUGUCUCUGGACGAGAAGACUCGCACCAUGAGCCGAUCGGGUUCCUUCAGGGACGGAUUCGAGGAAGUUCAUGGGUCUUCACUGUCUCUGGUCUCCAGCACCUCCUCCAUCUACUCCACGAAUGAGGAGAAGUCUCAGUCGGAGAUCCGAAAGCUGCGGCGGGAACUCGAUGCCUCCCAGGAAAAGGUUUCAGCCCUGACCACACAACUGAGCGCCAAUGCUCACCUGGUGGCAGCAUUCGAGCAGAGUCUGGGUAACAUGACCAUCAGACUGAAAAGCCUGACCCUGACAGCAGAGCAGAAGGACUCUGAGCUGAACGAACUGAGGAAGACCAUCGAGCUGCUGAAGAAGCAGAACGCUGUGGCUCAGGCCGCCAUCAACGGGGUCAUCAACACACCUGAGCUGACGCCGAAACAGGAGAGGACGGGAUCAGCCGGUACCAAUGGCAGCCCCCAGCAGCAGCAUCAGCAGCCCGACCUCCGCAUCCGGAGGCAGCAUUCGUCCGACAGCGUCAGCAGCGUCGCCAGCGCCACCAGCCACUCCAGCGUGGGCUCCAACAUGGACGCCGACGCCAAGAACAAGAAGAAGAACAAGAAGAACUGGGCGUCGUUCACAGGAGAAAAGACUAUUUUGUGCACAGGAGGACAAGUCAAAGACGAUGACGUCUACGAGCUGAGAAGUUCCUUCAAACAGGCCUUCAGCAAAAAGAAAUCUCCAAAGUCUGCAUCCUCGCACUCGGACAUCGAGGAGAUGACGGACUCGUCGCUGCCGUCGUCGCCUAAACUCCCACACAACGGAACGACGGCGAGCAGUCACAUGCUCAGGAACACACACUCCAACACACUGUUGUCGGAGUGUCUGGACAGCGAGGCGGAGACGGUGAUGCAGCUGCGUAGUGAGCUCAGGGAGAAGGAGAUGAAGCUGACAGACAUCCGGCUGGAGGCUCUAAGCUCCGCCCACCAGCUGGACCAGCUCCGAGAGGCCAUGAACCGCAUGCAGCUGGAGAUCGAGAAGCUGAAGGCGGAGAACGACCGUCUGAAGGUGGAGAACCAGGGCAGCAGAACCGGAUCUCAGGCCUCCAUCUCAUCCUCCCCACCCCCCCACACCCACAGCCAGGCCCCCGGAGCCGGACCAGGACUCCCCCAGCACAGCCUGAACCUGACCACCAGCGAGUCCACCAGCCUGGACAUGCUGUUGGACGACACAGGCAGCGAAGGCGGGAUGAGGAAGGAGGGUCGACACGUGAAGAUCUUCGUCAGCCUGGAUGACGACGGCGGCAAAUGGGGAGACGAGGGUCGACCUCGUCACUUCCUGAUCGGCUGCAUCGGCGUGAGCGGGAAAACCAAGUGGGACGUCCUGGAUGGGGUGGUCCGCCGUCUGUUCAAGGAGUAUAUCACCCACGUGGACCCGGUGAACCAGCUGGGUCUGUCCUCCGACAGCGUGGAGGGCUACAACAUCGGUGAAAUCCACCGUCCCAGCAGCCCAAGCGCUGCCCAGACGCCAGAGCUCCUGCCCUGUGGAUACCUGGUGGGAGACAGCAACACCAUCAGCAUCCAGCUCAAAGGUGUGAGCAGUGAGAACGUGGACUCGCUGGUGUUCGACACGCUGAUCCCAAAGCCGAUGCUGCAGCGUUACGUGUCACUGCUAAAGGAGCAUCGACGCGUCAUCCUGUCGGGUCCCAGCGGAACCGGGAAGACCUACCUGGCCAAUCAGCUGUCCCGACACCUGCUGCUUCUGGAGGGACGACCUCUGACCCCGCACGCCGUCGUCACCUUCAAUGUCGACCACAAAUCCAGCAAGGAGCUGCGUCAGUACCUGUCAGGUUUGGCUGAACAGUGCAGCGGCGUGGCAGGGUCGGAGAGCCCCCUGGUGGUCAUUCUGGACAACCUGCACCACAUCAGUUCACUGGGAGAGAUCUUCAACGGCCUGUUCAACUGCAACUACCAGCACUGUCCCUACAUCAUUGGAACCAUGAGCCAGGCCACGUCGUCUGCCCCGAACCUGCAGCUCCAUCAUAACUUCAGGUGGGUGCUGUGUGCCAACCACAUGGAGCCGGUCAAAGGCUUCCUGGGCCGAUACCUGAGGAGGAAGCUCAUCGAGACGGAGAUCGGCAGCCGGACCCGGAACAUGGAGCUGGUGAAGAUCAUCGACUGGAUCCCCAGGGUUUGGCAUCACCUCAACCGCUUCCUGGAGACGCACAGCUCCUCCGACGUCACCAUCGGACCUCGGCUCUUCCUGUCCUGUCCCAUGGAUGUGGAGGGGUCCAGGGUUUGGUUCACAGACCUGUGGAACUACUCCAUCAUCCCGUACAUGUUGGAGGCCGUUCGAGAAGGACUGCAGCUGUACGGCCGCCGGGCAGCGUGGGAGGACCCUGCCGCCUGGGUGAUUGACACCUACCCCUGGUCGCCGUCGUCCACUCCAGCUGAUUGGCCGCCGCUGCUGCAGCUCCGCCCAGAGGACGUGGGGUUCGACGGCUACUUGGCUCCGAGGGAAGGAAUCAGGAAGGAGCCGCCACAAAGCGACAGCGACGCUGACCCACUGAUGAACAUGCUGAUGCGACUGAAGGAGGCGGCGACGUCUUCGAGUCCGCAGAGCUACGACAGCGACUCCAACAGCAACAGCCACCAGGACGAUCUCCUGGACUCGUCGUUGGAGUCGACCCUGUGAUCAGAUCCACAACAUCUGGGUCACGUUUCAGCAGGACUUUAUACAAGAACUGUGAUAAUUUUAACUCUGAUGCCACAAAAUCCAGCCACCUUAACUUGGGUGCAGGUAACCCAAAGAGUAAAAGAAACACAAAGCAUUUCAGAAAAUGGCCAACUACGGUUUUCUACUGCACUGCUGUUUUGUUUUGUUUUGGUUUUUUUCUGGUUGUGUUUUCACCGCUGUGGCCCCCACGGCUCCUUCUGUCAGGAGCCCGUCGUCUACAUCUUCACUCCAGAUGGACAGAAUAGAAGCACAUGGCCUGUCACUAUUGGUGGCAUCUUCAUCAUCAUCAUCAUCACCAGCCAGAGGAGUCCUCCACCGUCCACUGAGCUGAGCUGCAGUGGACCAAACUGGCCUCUAGGGGGCAGCACAGGCCUGGAUCUGAGGCCAGAUCCUGAACUGUUUCCAUCUCAAAGUGGAUGUUAAGUUUUUCAGAGCGCCCACGUCCACAUUUUCAGUAAAUAAAAAGGCGUCAUUUGAAGUAAAUUAAACUAUUAUAACAUCUUAUUUAACGCCUCACAUGGAUCCGCUGUCACUUUAAAUGAAAUUAAGCACAAAAACGAUGAUUCUCACUGGACACAAAACAACAGUAAAGUGAGAAACCACUUCCUGUCUCCUCUGGUAAAACAUCCAGUACUAAACGGACUAAUUAAAAUGAAAUCAAGGUUAAAAUACAGAACAGGUAAAACUAUAAACUCAUCUAGGUGCUCUGAAGGAUGUACGUCCACUGUGGUUCAUUCAUCCUCUUUAUCUUUACGUGUUUUGUACGAAAACGUUUUAAUGCCACAACAAAAACAGAAAAACAUCAGAAUCACAUUUUAACAUGUAAAGUCUGUUCUAUAUGACUAGAGAUUUUCACCUUGUUAUAAAAUACAAACAUAUUACAAAACAGUCAUAAUUUUCUAAUGUGAAAUGUGAAAUAUUUAAUUAUAUAACAAGAUAUUUUCACUACAGUAUGUUAAUAUAUGAUAUUUUUCAAGUAACAGGAUAUUUUCAUGUUAUAACAAGUAAAAACAUUGUUAUAAUAAAACAAUGUAUAUUCAAAUAAUAAUAAGGUGAAAAUAUCUAUAACACAAUCAGAUUGUGCAAAUAUGCUAAUAUGAAAACAAUCUCGAUUUAACGUGAACGUAUGUGGUUAUAAUAGAGAGCUGAAGUCCCGCCCCUUCAGGUUGUGUCCAAUGGGAACGUAUUUCAUUAUGUUACAGUCAAUGGAGAGAGACAAGUAAUUUAUUGAUCUAUUAGAAUUAUUCCAUCACACACAUAUGAUGUUUGUCAGUUUACAGAUAAUUUUCCAAGUGAAUAAAGUGUAAGUUUGUUACAAAAACUGUUGAUGUAUCAGACUG